AGCCCGGGAAGUUUCAAGUUUGAAAGUGCGGGCGCCGCGGCGGCCGGGGCUUCCGGGACGGCGCCAUGGCGGCGGGCGCGCCGCGGCAGCCUGGACCUGCCCAGCCGCCCCUUCAGGACGAGAAAGAGGUGAUCCGCCGGGCCAUCCGAAAGGAGCUGAAGAUCAAGGAGGGUGUGGAGAACCUGCGGCGCGCGGCCACGGACCGCCGCCACCUGGGCCGGGUCCAGCAGCUGCUGCGCUCCUCCAACCGCCGGCUGGAGCAGCUGCACGGCGAGCUGCAGGCGCUGCACGCCCAGGUCCAGCUGCCGGGCCCGGCCGAGCCCGCCGCCCCCGGAUCCCGGGCCGGGCCGGAGGGGCAGGCACGCGCUCGGCACCUGGAGCUUCUGCAGAGGCAGCUGCAGGUGGAGCUGAAGGUAAAGCAGGGUGCUGAGAACAUGAUCCACACCUGUGCCACCGGCACCCCCAAGGAGAGGAGGCUCCUGGCAGCGGCCCAGCAGAUGCUGCGGGACAGCCAGCGCAAGGUGGCCCUGCUGCGGAUGAAGGUGAGCGCCCUGGAGGCCAGCACCACCCCUGAGCCAGGCCCCGAGCUGUUGGCGGAGGAGCUGCGGCACCGACUGCGCAUCGAGGCGGCCGUGGCCCAGGGCGCCAAGAACGCGGUGAAGCUGUCGGGCGGCCGGAGCGCGCAGGACCGCAAGGCCCUGGCGGAGGCCCAGGCCCAGCUCCACGAGUCUUCCCAGAAGCUGGACCUCCUGCGCCUGGCCCUGGAGCGGCUGGCGCAGGGCCUCCCCGCCGCGCACCCCCUGCGCCGCGCCGUGGCCCAGGAGCUGAGGACCGCCACGCUCCGGCAGCCCCGGCCCGCGGGGGCGCCCGCCAGACCCACCGCCCUCACAGGGACGUUGCAGGUGCGGCUCCUGGGCUGCGAGCAGCUUCUGCCCGCGGUGCCGGGCCGCUCCCCGGGGGCCGCCCUGGCGGGCAGCGCCUGCGAAGGCUGGCUCCGAACCAGGGCCCGGCGGCAGCGCGGCAGCGGCCAGCUGAGCGAUGAGGCGCUUGCUGUGCUGAAAGUGGACAACCGCGUGGUGGGCCGCACGGGCUGGGGGCCGGCGGGCGCCGGGUGCUGGGACCAGGCCUUCACGGUGCCGCUGGAGCGGGCCCGGGAGCUGGAGAUCGGGGUGCGCUGGCGGGACUGGCGGCAGCUGUGCGGCGUGGCCUUCGUGCGGCUGGAGGACUUCCUGGACAACGCCUGCCACCGGCUGGCGCUCCGCCUGCUGCCGCAGGGCCGCGUCUUCACGCAGGUGACCUUCUGUGACCCCGUCAUGGAGAGGCGGCCCCGGCUGCAGAGACAGAAGCGCAUUUUCUCUAAACGCAGAGGCCAGGACUUCCUGAGGGCUUCUCAGCUGAACCUGAGCAUGGCGGCCUGGGGACGCUUGGUCAUGAAUCUGUUGCCCCCCUGCGGCUCUCCAAGCACCGUCAGCCCCCCCAAAGCGGGCCUGCAGACCCCCACGGCCCCCCGAGGGGCCUCCCAUCUUGCUUCCCCAAGUCACCUCCAGGCCAAGAAGAGCCCCCUGAGGGCGGAGCCCCCACCCGCGCCCCGGGAACCGGCCCCCGAGGAGACCCCGUGCACCAAGCGCCCCCACAUGGAGCCUCGAGCAGGCCUGGCUCCUGUCCCAGCCUCGGCGCCCACCAGGUAAUGCAUGCCCCCGCGGCUGCAGGACUUCCGCUGUUUGGCUGUGCUGGGCCGCGGACACUUCGGGAAGGUCCUGCUGGUCCAGUUCAAGGGGACGGGGCAGUACUGUGCCGUCAAGGCCCUGAAGAAGCGGGAGCUGCUGAGCCGGGAUGAGAUAGAGAGUCUGUACUGCGAGAAGCGGAUCCUAGAGGCCGUGGGGCGCGCGCGGCACCCCUUCCUGCUCUCCCUCCUCGCCUGCUUCCAGACCUCCAGCCACGCCUGCUUCGUGACCGAGUUUGCGCCCGGGGGCGACCUGAUGAUGCACAUCCACGAGGACGUCUUUCCGGAGCCCCAGGCACGCUUCUACCUGGCCUGCGUCGUCCUGGGGCUGCAGUUCCUCCACGAGCAGAAGAUCAUUUACAGGGACCUGAAGCUGGAUAAUCUCCUGCUCGAUGCAGGCUUCCUGAAGAUCGCAGACUUUGGGCUCUGCAAAGAAGGGAUUGGCUUUGGGGACCGGACGAGCACCUUCUGCGGCACCCCGGAGUUCCUGGCCCCCGAGGUGCUGACCCAGGAGGCCUACACGCGAGCCGUGGACUGGUGGGGGCUGGGCGUGCUGCUCUACGAGAUGCUGGUGGGCGAGUGCCCGUUCCCGGGAGACACGGAGGAGGAGGUGUUCGAGUGUAUCGUCAACGCGGACGCCCCGUACCCCCACUUUCUCUCCGCGCAGGGGCUCGAGCUCAUUCAGAAGCUCCUCCAGAAACGCCCCGAGAAGCGCCUGGGGGCCGGGGAGCGGGAUGCCGAGGAGAUCAAGGUCCAGCCGUUUUUCAGGCCCAUCGACUGGCAGGCCCUGCUCACCCGCGCCGUCCGGCCCCCCUUCGUGCCCACGCUCUGCGGCCCUGCGGACCUGCGCUACUUCGAGGCUGAGUUCACCGGCCUGCCGCCCGCCCUGACCCCGCCCGCCCCCCGCAGCCCCCUCAGUGCCCCCCAGCAGGCCGCCUUCCGGGACUUCGACUUCGUGUCGGAGCGGUUCUUGGAGCCCUGAGGCUCUGCGGCGCCUGCCCUGCCCAGGGCUCCGUCCCUACCCGCCCGCCCGCCCCGUCCCG